UGUCUGAAAUGUUUGUUUAUUCAACAUGUUGUUACAUCUUUACUACUGGUUUGUUGUACUGACUGACGUUAGUUGGUUAUGUCCCACUGACUGGCAUUAGUUGGUUUUGUCCCACUGACUGGCGUUAGUUGGUUUGUCCCACUGACCGGCGUUAGUUUGUUUUGUCCCACUGACUGGCGUUAGUUGGGUUUGUCCCACUGACUGGCGUUAGUUGGGUUUGUCCCACUGACUGACGUUAGUUGGGUUUGUCCCACUGACUGACGUUAGUUGGGUUUGUCCCACUGACUGACGUUAGUUGGGUUUGUCCCACUGACUGACGUUAGUUGGGUUUGUCCCACUGACGCCAGUACGGACUGUUGUUAGUUGGUUUGUCCCACUGACUGACGUUAGUUGGGUUUGUCCCACUGACUGACGUUAGUUGGGUUUGUCCCACUGACUGACGUUAGUUGGGUUUGUCCCACUGACUGACGUUAGUUGGGUUUGUCCCCUUGACUGACGUUAGUUGGGUUUGUCCCACUGACUGACGUUAGUUGGGUUUGUCCCACUGACUGACGUUAGUUGGGUUUGUCCCACUGACUGACGUUAUUUGGGUUUGUCCCACUGACUGACGUUAGUUGGGUUUGUCCCACUGACUGACGUUAGUUGGGUUUGUCCCACUGACUGACGUUAGUUGGGUUUGUCCCACUGACUGGCGUUAGUUGGUUUGUCCCACUGACUGGCGUUAGUUGGUUUGUCCCACUGACUGGCGUUAUUUGGUUUGUCCCACGGACUGGCGUUAGUUGGUUUGUCCCACAGACUGGCGUUAGUUGGUUUGUCCCACUGACUGGCGUUAAUUGGGUUUGUCCCACUGACUGGCGUUAGUUGGGUUUGUCCCACUGACUGGCGUUAGUUGGGUUUGUCCCACUGACUGGCGUUAGUUGGGUUUGUCCCACUGACUGGCGUUAGUUGGGUUUGUCCCACUGACUGGCGUUAGUUGGGUUUGUCCCACUGACUGACGUUAGUUGGGUUUGUCCCACUGACUGACGUUAGUUGGGUUUGUCCCACUGACUGGCGUUAGUUGGGUUUGUCCCACUGACUGGCGUUAGUUGGGUUUGUCCCACUGACUGGCGUUAGUUGGGUUUGUCCCACUGACUGACGUUAGUUGGGUUUGUCCCACUGACUGACGUUAGUUGGGUUUGUCCCACUGACUGACGUUAGUUGGGUUUGUCCCACUGACUGACGUUAGUUGGGUUUGUCCCACUGACUGACGUUAGUUGGGUUUGUCCCACUGACUGGCGUUAGUUGGGUUUGUCCCACUGACUGGCGUUAGUUGGGUUUGUCCCACUGACUGGCGUUAGUUGGGUUUGUCCCACUGACUGGCGUUAGUUGGGUUUGUCCCACUGACUGGCGUUAGUUGGGUUUGUCCCACUGACUGGCGUUAGUUGGGUUUGUCCCACUGACUGGCGUUAGUUGGGUUUGUCCCACUGACUGGCGUUAGUUGGGUUUGUCCCACUGACUGCCGUUAGUUGGGUUUGUCCCACUGACUGCCGUUAGUUGGGUUUGUCCCACUGACUGCCGUUAGUUGGGUUUGUCCCACUGACUGACGUUAGUUGGGUUUGUCCCACUGACUGACGUUAGUUGGGUUUGUCCCACUGACUGACGUUAGUUGGGUUUGUCCCACUGACUGACGUUAGUUGGGUUUGUCCCACUGACUGACGUUAGUUGGGUUUGUCCCACUGACUGACGUUAGUUGGGUUUGUCCCACUGACUGACGUUAGCUGGUUGUUUAUACUGACAGAUAUGAUUUGUCGUACGCACUGUUAGUUGGUUUGUCGUAUGGACUGUUGUUUGUUGGUUGUUUGUACCUACUGAUAUAAUUUGUCGUACUGACUAAUUAGUUUGUUUGUCGUACUGUGUGAUAUUACUUGUUUUUUUGUAUUUUGACUGAUAUGAUUUGGUUUGUCAUACGGACUAAUAGUUGGAUUGAUUGCCUAUUGAUGAACUGUCAAUGCAUUCCAUUAACAGUCCAUGCUGUCUGGCACUCGUGGGCUCUUCCUCACUUUAGUCGUCGAUCGCAUCAAUAUUUUGUAAACCUCAUCAGUUAGUUUUUUGUACUGACUAAUAUUAGGCCUAGUUGGUUUGUCGUACUGAAGUGGAAGAGAGAGGCCCAACUCAUCAGAAUCUGUCUCCCUCCAUCAGGUGUUGUUUUUUGUUGUUUCGCCCACAAAGCAAGAGAGUGUUGAAUUUAGCCAAGAAUAAAAUGAAUGGCUUAUUUGCUACAUGAGGUUUAUUUAUAAUAUAAGUUUUGUAAUGCUUAAGUUAUGAGUGUACUGAUAUAAGUAGGACACAUGACAUCAUUGUCACUUCACAAAAAACACUAUCUCGGAGAUGGCUAUGCAUAUUCAUUGGAUGAGGCUAGCAGCAUCUCUCUCCAUUGAAUACAGGCGUUUAACGUCACAAAAAAGGAUUACAAUAAUCCACCAAUCCAAAGCAAAGAUAGGCAGGAGCUAGUCAGUCUGCCUUGCCGCUUUGUGGACAACAACUCCCAUCGUUAGGGCGGGAAGACAUGUAUCUUGUCAGUAUAUCCAUAAUCUUUGGUUAUACUGACUGAUUGAUAUCUGUUGGUUUGAGUAGAGUAGUACUUUAUUGAUCCCAACUUGGGAAAUCGUUUUCACUCAGCAUCACUAACAAAUUACAAAGACAAUGAUAAAAAUGCAUAAUAAGACACAUAAGAAGGCACCUGCAUGUUAGUAGCCAUAAAAGAUGGAGACAAGUUUAAGAUAAAUACUGUUGUCUAUCCUACUGCUGGGAAACAAGCAAUAACAACAUUCCUAUUAAGAAGGCACCAUAAAUUAGUCAUUUGUUAAAAAGACUCAUUGCUGUGGGUAGAAAUGGCCUUUUGAACUGCUCUGUGGAGCUUCUGGGCAGGAUGAACCUGCUACCAAAGCUGCUCCUGUGUGGCAUCAAAGUGCUGUGUGGAGUGGGUUGAAUUAGUCUUGUCAUCAUCCUGUGUCUCAUUGUUAUGUACUAUGUGUCUGUUGUCGUAGAGAAGCGGUUUUCCUGUCCUAUGUGUGCUCUGGUCUGCACCGACGCCUUCAUCCUACAGGAACAUGUUGAAUUGCACUUGCUAGAAGAGAGCCCAGCUGAAGAGGCUGUCCUGGGGGCCACAUCAUCAACCGAGGCAGCAUCAUCCAGCAACAGCUCAGGUGGGAAGAGUUAUGAGUGUCCCCUGUGUUCUGUGGUGUGUGGAGACUGCUACUCCCUACAGGAACAUGUGGAGCUGCAUCUUGACUAUGGCACAGCCACUAGUGCAGUGAGCCCUGGCUCAGACCUGAGGCUGGCCAGGCGGCUGCAGGAGGAGGAGAAGCAGAGGAGGAAGGAGCAGGAGGCCAAGAGGGAGGCAGAGGAGUUCAAGAAGCUGCAGAGGCAGUUUGGUGUGAACGGGAGGGGGGGCUACCGCAAACAGAUGGAGAGGACCGUGGAGAAAGCCGUGUCUCGAGGUGUCAUGGUGCAUGCUCACUUCCACAACAAGAGAGAUGAGAUGAUGGAGGCUCUGGCCUCAGGGGUCGACGAUGGCAGGACCAGAACGCAGGGUGUGCUGGGUGCUCUGUAUGUUUACUACCAGAGGGAGGCCAGAGACUGUGUCCACGUGUGGCUGAGUGCUGACACAGACCACUACUACUCAUCAGAGGGGGAUAAGGGCUGGGGAUGUGGCUACAGGAACUUCCAGAUGCUCUUGUCUUCUCUGCAAAGAAUGGAGCCCUACACUACCUGUCUCUCAGAGGGGUCAGUACCCAGCAUCCCACAGGUGCAGGUGUUGAUAGAGGGGGCGUGGCGGGAGGGGUUAGACCCUCAGGGCGCCACCCACUUUAACCAGCGACUACAGGGCACACAGGCCUGGAUAGGAGCUACAGAGAUCUACGCUCUCUGCACCUCCCUCAGAGUCAGUGCCCGUGUUCUAGACUUCCACCAGCCCACGGGCCCAGGGGACACCCACCCCCGCCUCUUUGACUGGGUGAAGCAGUACUUCUCUCAGACUGCCACCAGUGGCGCCAGACUACCGCCCCGGGUGGUGCAGACCACACAGCCGCCCCUCUACCUCCAGCACCAAGGCCAUAGCCGCUCAAUAGUAGGAGUGGAACAGAAGAAGAAUGGCAGCCUGUGCCUGUUGCUCCUGGACCCUGGCUGUACACCAGGAGAUGUGAGGAAACUGCUGAGCCAAGAUGGCUCCACUGUUAGCACAGCUGUCUGCCGCAUGAGGAAGUUCCCUGGCAACCUAAAACAUAGGCAGUACCAGGUGGUGGCUGUAGAGGGCGUGCUCACCCCUGUGGAGAAACAGACCCGCAUUCUCAACUCAAGAACACUGCAAGCCGAGAGGAUCCCUUGAUGCUGGAAUGCAGUUUUGUAAAUGUAUAACUGCCAAAAACAGUUCAUGUUUAAUUUUCUUGGACAUUUUAUUAAGGUAAUAAAUGAUGUAUUUUAAUA